AUGGCCGAAACUAUCAAAGAAUUGCAGCCGAUUGAGACACGGCUGUUCAUUAACGGCGAGUUCCGAAACUCUUCAAACGGCAAGACAUUUGACAUCAUAUAUCCAUACACGAAAGAUGUCGUUGCAAAAGUCCAAGAGGCAGACGUCAGCGAUGUCAACGACGCCGUAGAAGCCGCCGAAGCAGCAUUCCCCGCCUGGAGAGACCUUGGCGUGGAGAAGCGCGGGGAAUACCUACGCAAACUCUCCGACCUCAUACAAGAGGCCGUGCCCGUAUUGGCUAAGCUCGAAACUCUCAGCACUGGCCGCCCAAUCUCCUUCUUCCCCGAUGGGUUGAUGGCUGCAGAACAGUUCAGAUAUUUUGCCGACCAUGCCUGGACCGUCCAGGGUACGGCUAGUACCAACACCCCUGGUACCUUCAAGAUGACUGUCAAAGAGCCCUUUGGCGUGGCCGGAUUGAUUAUCCCCUGGAACUUCCCCUUGGUUAAUUUUGCUGGAAAGUCGGCACCUGCUUUGGCUGCUGGUAAUACUGUGGUGUUGAAGAGUAGCGAGAAGGCCCCGUUAACUUCGCUCUACAUCGCCAAAUUAAUCGAGAAGGUCGGGUUUCCACCAGGCGUCAUCAACGUUCUCUCCGGUUACGGCUCCCCAGUAGGCUCAACUAUCGCCGAGCACAUGAAAGUCCGCGUAAUCAGUUUCACCGGGUCCUCGCUCACGGGCCAGAAGAUUCACGCUGCGGCGGCAAAGUCUAACUUGAAGCACGUCCACGUGGAACUGGGCGGUAAGACGCCCGCUAUUAUCUUAGAGGACGCAGACCUCCAAUCUGCUGCCGCGCAGACCAUGUUCGGCAUCCAGUUCAACAGCGGACAGGUGUGCGUUGCUAACUCGCGUAUCUACGUGCACGAGUCUAUCAAGGAGAAAUUCACAGAGCAAUUCAAGGCGAUGUUCGCUAGUGUCAAGAUGGGUGAUCCGCUCGACCCAACUACGCAGCAUGGUCCGCAGAUUGAUUAUUUGCAGUAUGAUCGCAUAAAGCAGUAUCUCGCUCUUGGUGAGAAAGAAGGUAAGCUGACGCUGGGUGGGGAUGCGAACGAUGGUUUCUUUGUGAAGCCGACUGUCUUUGAAGAGUUGGCAGAGGAUUCGAGGGUUAUGAAGGAGGAGAUAUUUGGUCCUGUUGUGGCUAUCCAGACUUUCAAGACGGAGGAAGAGGUCAUUAAGAAGGCCAACGAUACUGAAUUUGGUCUAUAUGCGUCGGUCUUUACUAAGGACCUUGACCGUGCGAUUCGUUUUUCCAAGGCUUUGCAAGCGGGUACUGUUGGAGUCAAUUGCACUGCCCCCAGCAAUACAAAGGAUACUGCAUUUGGUGGCUAUAAGAUGAGUGGUACUGGACGGGAGGGUUUCUUAUACAGCAUUGAGAACUUCCUCCAGACAAAGACUAUUCUGAUCAAGUCGGGAUAG